CUUAUUGUGGCGCAAAAAUAUUUUCGAUUUGCCGUUCUCGGUGACGAGUCUUUCAUGGACUUCGCAGCCGGAUGAGUCAAUUCAACGUGGAAGGAGUCCAAGACAUCUCUGGUGGGUGAUCUGCAAGUGACCCUUCUCGACUUCCAUGGAACACACUUUGGCUCAGCCGGUUUGUUUGUUAUACUUACCUUGUUUGAUCAAAUCUCCCUUUCUGCCAGAAGGAAGAUGGUGAUACUAAUAUUCUUCUUUGUCUUUGAGCCAAACACAAUAGAAACCGGAGCUUAAAGCUGCAUAGGAGAAGCUCUUACAAAUUCUAAGAAAUGGAAGCUGAACUAUACACAGCCAGCUAACUGUCGUUGCUCACAAUUAUUUAUGAUGUGAUAUUUGCACAUUUAUUAUUUGCGCGCUGCGUUUUGUCAAUGAAGGGCUUGCGCAUUUUCGUCAAUGAUGAGCCUCAGUCAGCUCACACGCUCGAAUUACUUCGUGCAAGUUAUGCAUGCUUCAUGUACAAGAUGGGCUCCAAAACUGGGAAGCCUGUUUGUCGAAAAUGCGCACGUAUGCAUACCCGUCCUGAACAUGGACUCGAUGUUGCUCUUGCCCACGAGUUGCAAAAAUUGUUUGCAUGGAUUCCUCCCCUCACAGCAGACUCUGGUGAUAUACCGGACAUUCUGGACAGCGGCAUCAUCGACUUGAGUGAGCUAGAGAGGGUUGACAAAUGCAUCAUGCCAGCUGGCUUUGUUGAAGAGAUUGAGGUACUCAAUUAAGGCUCAGAGAGUGUAGCACUUGAUUGUAGUCGUCGAAGCUAUUUUUGCCGUAGUAGAAACAUAGUGGAAAAGAGCCAAAAGCGUUCACAAUACUUUUUGCCGGCUUCUGCCAUUCUGCCAAUUGCCAG